CUCUCUCUCUUUUUUCUCUCUCUCUGUGUGAGUGUGUGUGUGUCUCUCUCUCUUCCCCCCCUCCCCUCCCUUCCCAAGCUCUCUAACAUUAAAGCGAAAAUGCUUCUUUCGGUGCCUCCUCGUGCAGGAAUUGCCACUUUUGGCUACAACAAGAGCAACAAGAAGCCUUAUGUCUCAGUGGCCCAGCAGAUGGCACCGCCAAGCCCCAGUGGCAGCUGCAACAACAAUAGCAGCAGCAGCAGCAGCAGUGGGCCAGGUGGUGGCGGAGGUGGCGGGGACCAGCUGAGCAAAACCAAUUUGUAUAUCCGGGGCCUGCAUCCUGGUACCACCGAUCAGGAUCUUGUCAAACUCUGCCAACCAUAUGGCAAAAUUGUCUCCACCAAGGCCAUCCUGGAUAAAACAACCAACAAAUGCAAAGGUUAUGGCUUUGUGGAUUUUGACAGCCCCACAGCAGCUCAGAAAGCCGUGACUGCACUCAAGGCCAGUGGGGUCCAAGCCCAGAUGGCCAAGCAACAGGAGCAGGAUCCGACCAACCUCUACCUGUCAAACUUGCCUUUGGGCAUGGAUGAGGCUGAAUUGGAGUCAAUGCUGAAGCCAUUUGGACAAGUCAUCUCUACACGUAUCCUACGUGAUGCCAGCGGCACCAGCCGAGGAGUUGGCUUUGCCAGGAUGGAGUCUACAGAAAAGUGUGAAGCCAUCAUCACUCACUUCAAUGGCAAAUAUAUCAAGACGCCUCCUGGGGUCCCAGCUCCUCCAGAUCCACUGCUUUGCAAAUUUGCUGAUGGUGGCCAGAAGAAGCGUCAGAAUCAGGGCAAAUAUGUGCAGAAUGGACGAGCCUGGCCAAGGGAAAGUGAUACGGUAAAGGGUGGGAUGACCUUGACUUAUGACCCUACAACAGCAUUACAAAACGGGUUCUAUACAACGCCCUACAGCCUGGCCCCGAACAGGAUGAUUGCCCAGACUGCGCUCUCCCCUUAUCUCCCAUCACCUGUUUCCUCUUACCAGGUCCACAGUCCAUCUUGGAUGCACCAUCAGUCAUACCUCAUGCAGCCCACGCAGGGGACGGUGCUCACACCUGCCAUGGACCACACCAUUUCCAUCCAGCCCACUUCCAUGAUGGGGCCUCUAACCCAACAGCUGGGCCAUCUGUCCCUCAGCAGUGCUGGCACAUAUAUGCCAGCAGCAGCAGCUAUGCAAGGAGCCUAUAUCCCCCAGUAUACACCGGUGCCUUCCUCUAGUGUCGCAGUUGAGGAGAACAGUGGCCAGCAGAGCCACGUGACAGUGGAGUCUCCAUCGGAUCAUGCUGCCUACUCGUAUCAGUACAACAAGUAACAACAGUGCCACCGAGCAGCUCAACUCUGAGCAAUCACUUCGAGGGAGACAACUUUUUUUUUGUUAAAUUUUGUGCUGCGUUUAGAAGAUGUUGGAACCAUUUUUGUUUUUGUUUCUUUUCUUCUUUUUCUUUUUUCUUUUUCUUUUUGGCAAAGAAAAAGGUUGUUUUGUUUUUUUAAAAGGAAAUAACCGCAAUAGACUUUUGUCACCGAGGAACCAAAGGAGGUUAGAAUGGGGGUACAAAAAAAUAUACCCCCAACCCUUAGAUGUACAGAUGGACUAAGGACUAUUUUAAUACGAGAACAUUUGUGUGUGUGUGUGUGUGUGCGUGUGUGUGCGUGUGCGUGUUUAUUUUCUUGAUAACAGCAAAGUCAAACGCUUUGGAUGCCCCAGAAUUCCCCAGAGAAGAAAAGAUUUUUUCCCCUUCUUUUGGAAAGAUGGUUCGGUACCUCUGGGAGGAAAGUUUUUUUGCUCCUUUGAAUUCAUUUUGUUUUCUUUGGUCAUGUAAAAGAUUUUUUAAAGGACAAAUAUGCAAAAGUGUUUGAAUAUUUUUUUGUUGUUGUUUUAUAAGGAAAAAAUGCUCUGAAAAAGCCCCACCUCGCAGCUGUAGGAUAAAAAUCAGUGCAGAGUUCUUUUUUCUUCUUCCUUGGGGUGGGAGCGGGGAGGGAAUUUUGCUUUGAAAGGAUUAUUUUAUUAUUUCAAGAGGGUAUUUUUUUUCUAAAAAAGACAAAUUUACAAAAAAAUAAAAAAGAGGAAAUUUACAAAAAAAAUUCAGAAAAAAGGAAACCUAAAAAAAAAAGUUGAACUUUGGCGGCAGCAAGAGGGGUUUGCUUAACGCUUGUCAAGUCGGAAUGAGAUGAUGCGGCUGGAGGCAUCUGAUGAACUUAAUCCUUUUUUCUUUUUUUGGCAUAAAUUUUGCCUCAGCCGAGAGAGAGAGAAACAGAGUUUGCUCCAGACCUCAAUUUCUGCCCUCUGUCCAAUUGGACUGUUUUUUGCUGGAUGUUUUGGACUCUGAUUUGAGCUUCUGUGCAGACCCGUCUUUGCUUCCAUGGGGAUCUCCCCCUCGCCUGCCCUGUCCUGCCCUGGACCAGGGGAACAAUAAACGGACUAAGGAAUCUGCCGCCAGCGAUGCGUCAUCACCUCUGGACUCUUGGACGUUGAAUGGACACGUUGCCAGCAACAGUGCUUCACCCCGUCCCCCUCCCCGGGAUACACACACUUACACACACACACACACAGUGCCUUCUGCUGCCUGCGGUCCGGACUGCGCUGCCGUAAGCCCCCCGCCCCCCAGUUCCUGCAUGCCUGUCGAGCCCAGGUACACCGUGCGUCCGUUCUCUCGACCGACUCCGCUGGGAGCAGGUGCUUAUCCUUCCGACUGGUGGGGACUGUGGGAGGCCUGUCCCGAUGGCUGUAAACCAAGCAACCAAGGAGCAUCGAGCACCUUGCAGGGGGAUGGCAAAGCUCCCCGCUCUCCCCCUCCAGAGAUCCUAGUUACUAUGCACGUUAUGCCUUCCCUUCCCCCAGCCCUUGAUUGCUGGCACCCUGAUUUGCAAUAGGAGGAAACUAUGUGCAAUAAUCCAGCCUUUCCUCCUGCGUGUUUCCCUGCAGAGCCUCCUGAAGGUACCAAGUGCUUUAGACGCCUCUGCAUGUUUCCUUCCCCUCUCCCCCAACCAGAUGGUGCUAAAAGUCAUCCUUUCUUCCACCAUAAAGUCACCCCAGCCCAGCUGGCAUGUAGCUGACCCUUUCAUUCUGUUGUCCAAUGUUGCUUUCCCCACCAUGGGCUAUGAUUGCAAGAAACCUUGUCCCCUUUACUCCCCCCUCUCCCCUCCCCUCCCCUCCCCCAUGCUGGCCCCUUCCUUUGAAGAAAUAGCUCUUAUGCAGCUGACAAUCAGGAAGGAGCAAUGGCAGAGGCCAUACGGGUGUCACACGAGUCUAGGAAAGCAAAAGCAUGUGUGCAUGUGUCCCUAUCUGUCUUUGUGUGUGUGUGCCAUCCAUGUGUUGCGGGAGUGGAGACAGAACUGUGGUAGGAUGACCUGUGAGGAGGUGGCCUAAAGACAUCGGUGGAAUUGGACUUGUGCAUUUCUCAGGAUCCUUUCGUUGUCUUAGCCAUUUUUAAAGCAUGGCCCUGACUGAGCAGGAGCCGGUUUACCUCCUGCUUGAGGUUUUGGGCGGGUUCAGUUAGCCCCAUCCUCAUACCCCUUCAGCCAGGCUCGUGUAUCUCUCUUCCCAGUUGCUUGUGACAAAGGACCUCCCGCAGACGGGAGUCACAGCCCUUGCCCUGCUGAGGCUGCUGAUACCACCCAGGAAAGAGAGGCGAGGCGAGGUGAGCAGAAGCCCAGGCCUGUUAGCGGAUCCAAAGGCUGCGUUGGUGCCCCUUCCUCUAGCCUGGGGCCACUGCCCUGGUUAGCAUAACAAUCCCUUCCCCUUAGUGCUGAGAUAAACUCAAGUGCCUUUUUUGGGGCAUGCAAGCU